AUAACGGAUUUCGCGAGCUACUUUCUGAAAGCAUAUUGAAAUUACAAAAGGAUCAAAUACUGGAAAAGAUGCGCCAAUACUGGUUACAACGCUAUAAUGCCACUGUCCCAUGCUACCUACAGAGUUCCCAGUCAGCUAUACCGUCCCGAAGCAAGUUGACUAUGGCCAAGAUGUCCAGCGCAUUCAUUGGACUUGGAGGAGGGCUACUCAUGGGACUCAUUGUGUGGAUUGGGGAAAUGAUCAUAUGGGUAGUCAGGCUAAAGUCGCGCUCACAUAAACGCGUUUGUGAAGAAGUAUCCGACCAUCUGAAACGUGCUCUGCAAGGGUCGUGUCGUUAUGACAGCUAUCGCCGAAAGUCUCUCGACGAAGCGUUAAUUAGCCAGGUGAGAACUUCCUUUGAGGUGCUGAACACAAAUGGAGGCAAAGGAACUGGACACAUGAAACAGCCGCUGUCCCAUUUUCACAAGGUAACUGCCCUCUGAAAAUCAACGACCUGUGAACAAGUCACGAAACACACAUUCAAUUGUGCUGCACAACGCAAACACAUUCCAUUACGGU